GGACUCGAACGAGUCCAACAUCCUGGGCUGCUACGCAAAUAUGGUUACUCCUUCCUGGUCGUCUUUAGAUAUAGGAAUCUUGUCCCUCUUCACGUUGGUAGGCCAUCCAUAAUGGCGAGACAUGAAUCAACGGGGGUAUUUGGCAAUUAAUUAGCUCCUGGCAACAUCCCAUUGGCCACUCAUGGAAUUGUAAUUCCAUUGCUUGCCAUUAUGUCUACUGUAGAGAAACGAGGGAGAGAAAGAAAAGCAAUCGAAGCAUCUUAGAUUCUUAGUCCAUGGACAGCCUUCGGAAUAAUUUUCCCCUGAAGAACUCGUCGUAGCUGGUGCCGCCACAGCCGCGAAUCUCUAGGAAGGGGGGAAGAGCGGCAGAGUUGCAGGACACGUAGAAUUGGAGAGAACGAGUUGCAACGGGGCAGCAUGAGAGCCUCGAUGAAGUCGUCCACAGUCGGCGCCACGAUGUUCCACAGCUCUUGGAGGGAGAGAGCGGUGAAGCUUCAAGACAAGACGAGCGGAAGAGAAAUUUGGGAGUCGGAUUUCUCCAGUCCAUCCCGUGUCGAUUUCCUCGCCGAUAGACCCGAUUUCUUCCAGAGUCCGCUGUCGUCUCUUGUGUCGAGGAAGAAUGGUGACAGGAGAAGAAACAAUCGAAGAAAAUUGGAAUUUUUUUCUACCAUUAUUCCGAUGAAAGAGAAGAACUGGAGAGAGUUCGUCGGUGAGGAAGAGGACGUUGCCAGAGACGGAGAGGGUGGAAUAUAAAUAUCCCAUAGCAAUUGUUGUUGAAGAGGAAGAGCGAAUGUGCGCCGUGAAAAUUAUUUUAUUUCAUUUUUAGUUUUUAAUUUUUGGUUAAUUUUACUCUUAUACCCUUAAUGAAGUUUGUUGUUAUGGUAACAACACAAGGGGUGUUGUUAUACUAUCCGCUCCCAGCAAGUACACACGCAAAUGUCGAACCUUAAUGCCAUUGAAUCCUUCAAUAACAUUGAAUAGCAUCA